AUGUCUCAUGCUCUUUACGCUGGCUUCACCGCCGGCACACGCAAGACGAGCAAGACGAGCCAACCGGCACUCAAGAAGCGUAAGCUGAGCCGAGACUUGGAGCGCACUGAUGGCAAGUCUAUCGCCCCGGUGGACGAUUCUGAUAGCAAGAAGAUGACGAAAAGGGGCCAUGGGAAGAGAAUUGACGAAAAGGAGAAGAGACGAGUGUCCUUUGCUGAUUCUGCAGCCGCACAGGAGCAAGGAAAUGCACAAGAAGCGGUGCGCUCAGUCGCGACGGAGCCAGAAGAGGCAGCGGCACUAGGUCCUGAGCGUAGGGGAGUCAAGGUCGAUCUAAAAGCCCAGAAUGGGCGCAGGGUAGAGUCUGGCAGGGUAUCAGUCGAUGAGGCGAAGCUCAAGAAGAAGCUGGUGAGUGGAGUGUAGUUUGGAGUCCUGCCAGCCGAGCUGCAGGCCGCAGAUGCUCACCAAGAACUGACACGCACGCGCAUACACACAUCGCUUCUGCUCAGCACCACACCAUCACUCUUUCCACCACCGCGACCAAACGAGCUCGAACUUUCGAGGUGCAAAAGCAGAUCAAGCGCUUGAAGCAAUCAGGUUCGACGGAUGGCGGAGAGGAAGGGGAGAGAGAAUUGAAAGCUCUGAAGAAUGUCGAUGCUGCUGCUGUCGCUGCUUCCGUGCUACUUUCCAAGCUCAGCAAGGCAAGAAUGCUGCCGCGGCCGAAAGAGCUCGCGCAGCUUGCCGCUGACAAGGAAGUUGCAGAGCAGGAUCAAGAAUCGUGGCCACUUUUGAGGGCGGUCCUCGCUCAUGCCGCGCUCAGGUCAUCCAUACUCGACGGACCAAAGUCCGCAAAGGGUGACGAUGCGAGCUCUAAAGAUGGAGCAAUGACUCACAAAGCCGUGUCCAAGGUCAGCAGCAACAAGACUCUGGCUGAUGAGAUCAAGAACGCUGUGGAAACUCUGCAAGCGUUGCUCGGCAUCACUGGGCCAACUCGCAAGGGUGCAGAUUCAAGGGAAAAGCCAAGCUCUGAGGCGAGCAAGGCGAAGGAUGGAAGCGCGAAAAGCGCUUCAGAGAAGAAAGUAAAAGAGUCUGACCCUACGUCCGCCCAUGAAGAUGCGCCUAACUCGUUCUUGGAGCGGGAAUGGUCAGGAGCUUCAGAGGAGGAAGGCGAUGAGGCGGACGACGCACACAGGGAUGCGGAUGCACAACUAAGCUCAGACGAGGAGGACGAAGGCGAGUUGGACGAGGAAGAAGCUCAGAGGAGGCUGGAAUCCCUCGGAGACCUCAGCCAAUUUGAUGGACUUGUUGGACACGAUUCAGAUGAUACUUCAGAUGCUGACGAGAGCGAAGCAGAAGCAGGCCCUAGCCAAGGUGGCGAAUCACAACGGAGGCCGGAUAACCACGUACGAGGUCGAGUGAGCCCAAUCCAACCUUCACAGUCUGACACCGAUUCGGACGAAGACGAAGACGAGGAUCAUCUACCUUCUCUGCGUACAGGCUUCAUCGGUGGUAAAGGUUUGGAGCUGCAGAAGAAUAAGAAACGAGGAGCAGAAGAUGACUUUUCCGGAGAAGAGGAUGACGCUGAUGGGGAUUGGGACGAGAUGGACGAGAUCGAUGAACAUGCGGAGGACAGGGACAAAGGCGGAAAGGUUGUCAAACCUGCUCGAAAAAAUAGAAGAGGUCAGAGGGAAAGGAGAAAGUGAGUUGGUCGGUCGCCGCUUGAUCUCUUGCGAACGACGUUCCGUUGGAAUGUGCAUUGCUGACGUACCACUGCCUGGCUCCGCUCGUUUUGACGCUCAAGAAUUUGGGAAAAGAAAUUCGGCCGCAACGCUAAUCACAUCAAGGUCAAGCAAAAAGAGUCGAAAGCGGUCUCUCAUGAUUGGACGCCAGCAAGAGCUCCCAAAGGAGAGGCACCUUCGAGCUUUGGCGCGCCGUUCGGACGACAUACAUCAGGUGGUCUAGCAUCCAAGGGCAGACAAAGGCCUGCCCCGUUUCAAGCACCGCCCAAAGUGGAUGGAGGAUGGGGCGUGGGGCCUGGAAGCCAGAGGCUUGGAUCAAGUGGUACUUCUCAUCCCUACGCCUCGACAGGCUGGCCGGCAAAUCGCACAUCUCAUCCAGCUGCGCGUAAGCCGCAGGCAAGCGAAAAAGUCAGCAAAGACCAGGUGCAUCCUAGCUGGGCUGCCAAACAGCAAGCCAAAGAUGCCGCAGCCAAAGCUCUUGCUGGAGCUGGCGCUGGUAAAAAGAUCGUCUUCGACUAA